GAGGGGCUGAAGCGCGAUUUGGGGAUGGUCCGGGAGUUUGCGAAUGUUGUCGAAGAAUUACAAGUCUUGCAGAUGACAUAUACCACACUUAUUGACAGCCUCACGGACAGUCUUACGACCGUGCCAGACGAACCAGAAGCUGACGACCGAUCUCAUCGGUAUAGUCGGCUCUCCAACUUCCCCCUUCUACCCCGGCGACGAUCUCGAUCGAGGUCCUCCGCCAGCACCCAGCCCCCGAUUCCUGCAGUAGUCCAGCAACGACGAGCGUUAGAGGGCAUUUGCGAGCAGUACCGCGUUGUGUGGGAGUGUGCGGCGCUGCUCGUGGAGCUGGGCAGAAGUGGUGCUGAUGACUGA